CCUCAACACAACACACCCACAAACAUCAUUACCUCUCAUCUCUUCUCCCACGUUGUUUUCUCAUCUGCCACCAUGAAAGCCCUCGCACUCGCACUCUUAUUCGCUCUUUCCCUCUAUCUCCUCCCCAACCCAACUCAUUCUACGCGCAACCCCAUCCGCCUUCCCACCGCCGCUGAUGUCGCAAUAACGUCCGACAUUCCGGUGGUGGACACCGACGGAGACGAGCUCCGGCCCGGCGAAACUUAUUACAUAAUCGCCGCCACAUGGGGAGCCGGUGACGGAGCAGUGAAACUUUCAAAUUUAGUCUGGCCGACGCCGAGCAAAUGCCCAAGCGACGUGACAAUAUCGUCCAGGAACGACGGCGACCCCGUUACCAUCACGCCGGCGGACCCGAACGCCUCCGUCGUCCUGCCGUCGACUUUCCUGAGCUUCAAAUUCGACCUUCCGACGAACAAACUUUGCGUGAAUAAGCUAUACUGGGAGAUUCCACCCGGGGAAUAUUUCGUGAAGACCGGCGAGUUUGUCUCAAACCAAAGCAACCAGUUCAAGAUUGAAGCGGUACCCAACCGCGCUUACAAAAUCACUUAUUGUCCCUUUGGCGCCGACAAAUGCUACAACGUUGGCCCAGCGAUAGACGCAUGGUGGAGGACUUUUCGUUUGGCUCUGAGCGAUGAUCCCAUUGAAGUUUUGUUCAAGAAAGCUAGUACGUGAUGUGUAACCACGUACCUGUUGUAAAACAGACGCCUAUUGUACCGUAGAAUAGACGCCUAUUGUACCGGUACUAGUUACAAUAAAUAAGUAACGUUGUACGUGUAAGAAUAAACAUGCAACAAAUCCUAGCUUGAUGUGUUGUGUGACUCUAAAUAAACGUGUGGAGAAUAUUAUCUAUGUGUAAGACUUUAUGUUUAUUUUAAUUCUUCAA